AUGCAAAGCCUGUCAAUCCUCCAUGCAGACCAGAACGGCUUCAGGCCGGCCUCCGCAGCCUUCGGCCCCGAGUCUGCUGCCUUGGCUCGCCUCAAGGCCGUGCAUGAGCUGGAUCAGAAGUCCAUCUUGAGUUCCAUGGAGGCGAAUGCGGUGAGGCGCAAGGAGCAGGGGAAUCUGGCCAUGGAGAAUGCCGAGUACCAUCAUGCUGUGAAGGAGUACAGCUAUGCCCUCAGUCAUGCCCAGGACAUGAUGGACUUCCUGGAGGUGGAAAAAACGCAGCCGCUGAACGGAUACCAGCUGAGAGCAUUAGCCAAGGGAGUGCCACUGCCUGGCCGCGGGCCGGUGGCUUUGCAGCCCUUUCGAGCAGUGGUGCUUGCCAGCCGGGCCUUGGCUUUCCUGCGCCUGCAUGCUUACAACCGCGCCGCAGAGGAUGCUGAGCUCGCGUGCCAGCUGGAGCCGAGAUACUUGAAGGCGUGGAUCCGACGGGCCGCUGCCCUCGCUGCUGCCAACCUUCGAGAGCAAGCUGUCCAGGUUUUGGAUGAGGCCCUACGGACUGCCUGUCCAACAGACUGCUUGCGUGAGCAGGUGUGCAAACUGAUUGUGAACCUGCGGAGCCUGGUCAACGUCGAGGUUAAGGCACCAGAAAAGGACUUGCCAGUAAUCUUCAGGGAUGCUGACACAGCUCAGCACAAGAAAUGGCGAAAGGCAUCUACACAGCCGCGAGAUGUCGGGAGGCCCAUUGCUGGCGCUCCUGCAGCAGUCUCGCGCCCAAGCUCCCUGAAGGAGGAUUGGAACCCUGCGCCAACAGGUAAAUGGUCGCAAUCUGAAGGCGAAUUGUGGUUGAUACUGCCUUUGCCAAGGAAGCCAAAGGUGUCAGAAGUGAGCGUCCAGAUUCGGCCACGGCAUCUCCGAGUGCUGCUUCGCCAGCCCAAAGAGUCGCGGGAGCAGGAGAACGACAGAUUCGACACGGUCCUCGAGAGAGAGGUGCUCUUUGCCGUCAAGCCUUCGGAGUCUACCUGGCAGCUUGAAGUGGUGGAUGGCCGUUGUGAGCUGCAGAUCUCCCUCCAGAAGGAAGUGGCAGAACUGGUUGCUGAGGCUUUCCGCUGA